CCCUCCCUCUCUGCUGUGUCUGUCCUGGCUGAAAAGCCUUUCCCCAACAUCUGCACAGGCGUUCUCAGGUGCCGGCAGCGCCUUUCCAGGAGCUCAGCAAAGGCAGCCUGUGGCAGAGAGGCCUUGUCCUGCCAGCACCUGCCCCCCGCCAUGGUGAAGUACGGCCUGGACUACACGCGCUGCAGAUGGAUCCUGCCCCUGCUCCUGGGCAUCGGGGUCAUCUUCGGCAUCAUCGCGCUGGCGGGCUGGGGCUGGCUGGAGUCGCAGACCUUGCCCUACGUGCUGCAAGCGUCGCUCUGGCAGAUCUGCAGGAGGGGUGACCAGGGCGGGGCAUGGAGCUGCGAGUCCCUCAUGGGCUACGCCUGGGGAAGAGCUGCUGCUGCCACAUACCUGGUUGGCUUUCUACUUCUAGUCAUCUGUUUUGCACUGGCCAUCAUAGCUUUUGCCAUCGACACACUUCGGUUCAACUUCAUCCGUGGGAUCGGAGGCUUGCUUUUCGUGGCUGCUGUGUUCUCCAUCAUGGGCCUGGUCAUUUACCCAGUAAAGUUCUCAUCUGAAAUUGAGAUGACAGGAAUCAAUAUGUUCAGCUGGGCCUAUGGCUUUGGCUGGACCACCGCCAUUAUGGAAAUAUGCUUGGGAUUCUUCUUCUGCUGCCUUCCUAACUAUGAAGAUCAGAUCCUGGGUAAUGUCAAGCCCACAUAUUUUUACUCUUCCCCAUAAGCACCAGGAAAAAUGUGUUCAUAUUCCAGAGAUACCUGACAGACUAGCUACGUUUUUCAGAAUAUUGUCAUCAGAUGUUAGUAGAAAAGGCUGGAAACUUUUCUAAUGUGUGUAGAAAUAUGGCACUGGCAUCUGCAGUAAAGUUAUCUACUCUAUUUUGGACCUUCAGAUCUGAUGUGAGUUGAUCACAUAAAGCACAAAUGUUAAAACCCCUUGGUUUUCCUCAUUCAUUUCCAUGAGUAGAGUUUAUGUGGAUUCCAUUGCAUUUUAAAUACGUUCACAAUUGUAAUUAAAUAAAAAGAACUUAUUAAACUGGCAAUAAGUAAAACAAUGUCUAUCUUCCUCCUGAAGGAAAAAAACUCAGAAAAAUCCCAUUUUGUAUCAUCUUCAACCUGAAGAUUUUGUACAAUUUUCAAAGAAUCAAAUACAUUUACCCACUGACUGCCAAAGUAGUAAAUUAGUCAGCCAGCACUUCACAGCUUUGCUUCUAUUUUUCAUUAAUUCACUUAAGCCAGAGAUAAGGACAGAGUAAAGAAGGGAUCAAAGCUCCCUACCAGAGCCAGCAUCUUGACUUUUCCUCAUUCAUGUGGAAUAUAUUUAUUUCUAAAUAUUUGCAAGAGUAAGCAAGGAACACCAGUAAAGCCUUAAGAAUCCUGGUGUGCCAUUGCUGGUGCCAGUACAGAGUGGGCAGAGGCAGAAGGGAUUUCAAGCCACCCCUGCAACCUGCAGACCUGGUUUGAUAAAGCUCCUGGUGUGGCUUUCUUCUUGGGUGUCUUGAAAUUUUUUUUCGGCUGUAUCAAAACCUAUGAUUUUAAAAUGCUCCGCUAUACUGGCCCAACUUUUUUAUCUAGUCUAGAAAGGUCAGGUAUGAUGUCCCUGCACCUCAGGAGUUGAGCUGGAGCAGUGUGAGUGUAAGUAUCAUACAGUUGCUAAAAGGCUCCUUUUUUGUUGAUGUGCUGUUCUUAAAUAUUUUAAAAGUGGAAAGUGUAUACAUUCAUAUGUAACUGUAAAAUGCAUAAAUAUCCCUUACCAACUCAUACUAAAGCUCUCACAGAGAAAAUCACAUCAUAAAGCAUCUUCCAGCAUCCUAUGCUCCACAGUGCCUCAAGCCUCAAUAUACUGCAAACAAUGAAGUAUACUCAAGACUCUGCUGGUUUCUGCCUUGUUAAACCUAACUUUAUAACAUUCAAUACAUUCUCUUAAGUGAAAAAAAGGAUAAUAAUGUGAUGUGGAAAAGGAGUCUCAUCUAGAUCCUUAACCACUGAGGUUUAUUAUUGUAACACAUCUGCAAUUUUGUAAUUUUGUGUACUAUGAAAAGCCCUGCCAAGUGUUCUUUGUUUCAACAAAUUAGAGGUAGAAAAUUUUUCAGUUAAAACUUUUCGGUAGCUAAAAUUAAUAAAGACACAGGGCUUCACCUGGGUUGUUUGGAGUUUUUUGUUUGGUUGUUUGGUUGAUUGGCUGGGUUUUUCUAAGCAGUUAACUCCAUUCACUUUUAUGGAGUGUCUCCUAAUCUUGAUCAAUGAGAUUGAGAGAUGGGUAGAGCAUAAACAAUGGGAGAAUGUAUGUAACAAUGCAUAAUUAGGCAAG